CGCCCACGUGGAGCCCCCAGACCAAUGAGGGCGCAGGGACGGCGGAGUCGCGAGCCUCCGCUCUCCAUGGCAACGGGUGGCUUCUAAACAGCUUUUCUUUACGGGCCUCCCCUAGCCCCCGGACUUGUCGUCGUCGUCUUCGGCCUUCUCCCCUCGGCGUGACCGACUCCCUCCCGCCAUGGCGGAAUUGGGUCUAAAUGAUCACCAUCAAAAUGAAAUUAUCAAUUACAUGCGUUUUGCUCGUUCAAAAAGAGGUUUGAGACUCAAGACUGUCGAUUCCUGCUUCCAGGAUAUCAAGGAGAGCAGGCUAGUAGAUGAGACCUUCACCGUGGAUGAAGUAACUGAAGUUCUGAAUGAAUUACAGGCUGUGGUUCAUAGUGAAGUAGAGUCCGAGCUCAUCAAUACUUCCUGUACCAACGUGUUGCUGCUUCGGCAGCUGUUUUCACAGGCGGAGAAGUGGUACCUUAAGCUACAGACAGACAUCUCAGAGCUGGAAAAUCGAGAAUUAUUAGAACAAGUUGCAGAAUUUGAAAAAGCAGAAUUUACCACUUCAAAUAAAAAGUCUAAUUCGGAGAACAUGAAGCCAUCAAGACUUGUUCCACUUAAUGAAGGCGGAACAUCAGAGCUCCUAAACAAGGAAAUUAUAAGACUUCAGGAAGAAAAUGAAAAAUUGAGAUCAAGGGUAAAGACCAUAGAAUUGCAGGCUACAAAUGCAUUGGAUGAAAAAUCAAAACUAGAGCGAGCACUGAGAGAUUUACAGAUUGUCCAAGGAGACCAGAAGGCAAUAAUCAGAUCAAAGGAUAUAAGUGACUUGGAAAAUACAGUUGCAGCACUGAAGAAUGAGUUUCAGAAAACACUGAAUGAUAGUACUGAAAACCAGAAGACUUUGGAGGAAAAUUUAGUGUCAACGAAACGUGACCUACUUAAGGUUCAGGAACAGUUGAGUGUGGCUGAAAAGGAGCUGGAGAAGAAGUUCCAGCAGACAGCAGCAUACCGCAGCCUGAAGGAGAUUCUUACCAAGAAGAAUGAGCAAAUUAAAGACCUGAGGAAAAGGCUGGCAAAAUAUGAAACAGAAGAUUAAGAAAUAUGAAAAUUCUGUGAUUUGGAAGCUGCCACAAAGUGACAAUGUAGAUCGUUGCAAUCCUCAGAUGUGGACUUGAAAGGGCCUGUGCCCCCCUUCCUCUUUUUCUAAUGUUUAAAUGAGUUGGACCACUCUUUGGGUUAUUUUAGGAGAUAUGGGAGGAGGGGGUGUUGUUAAUUUUUGCUUUUCAAGAAAAAGGAUUUCUGUUUUCAUUUGUUUAAUUAGAAAGGAGACAACAUGGUGAUUCUUAUCAUUCUGCCAUCCAAAGUUUCUCUGCACUUAGGUAAUAUGAAGUCUCUUCUGUACAUAGAAUUUCCUUUGAAAAUAGUAAGAGUUCCUUCUCAGUGUGGAAAAGAUUUUGUUCUGGGAAAGGGAAGAAGAAUCUUGCCCUUUUGACAUGUGUUAAAAAUUAUACCUUUUGUAUAACUAUUAAGGAAGCUAACAUUAUAUGUCUAUGCAUUCCCCAGGGGAAAAAGAAGUACAAGGAGUUAUUUCCACAUAACUGAAUUUAUUUUUAUUAAAAGUUGACCUUAAUGCAUUUUUAUGGACUUUUGUAGCAGGAGUCUGUCUGUCAUUGGAAGCCUAAACCUAAACCAGCUGCCAUUUAUUUCCAUGAAUUCCAUGCUAUUCAGCAGCAUCAGACCGUGUCUAAUUAGUGUCUAUGAUGUCAUGGUAGGAUGCUUCCCAGGAUCGUGAGAGAUCUUACUGAGAGCCUUUGAGGCCAUUUUUUCCAGAAAAGAGGCAGGUCAGCUCUACUAUACUUCUCCAGUCCCAGUGAGGAAUCGGAGCUCAGUGUCAGAGUAUUGGGAAGUGUUAGAAAAAACAAGCACAGGGCAUCGUUUUUAGUUUUGGGUGCUUAGAAUUUUCUCCUGAGCUUCAUGCUAAGUAAGACAACUUUUUUCAAGACUGUAUUAUACAGGAUGUCAAAGCCUGAGAACUAGAUUUUUCACCCCACAUUGUUAUAUAGGGUGCACACAGUAUCAAAAGUUGGGAAAUAUACUCCCAAUUCUUCUUCUUGCUGGGUAGCUUUGCAUUGAUCAUUAGAAUGUGUGUGCACACGUGCCAUUGACCAACUGCACAGCCACGGAAUAAGGCCUAGUGAGCAUUUUUAUCUCCUUAACAGAAAUCCAGCGUUUAACCCAAUCCUAAGAAUACAUUUGUUUAUUCAGCAAGUUAAUUGGUCAUGCUUUAGAAGUGAAUUAGCUCUUUGAGAAUCAGAAUGUUUUACUCACACCUAAUAAACACUGCCUGAAGAGAGGUAAUUCAUCCCCUCAAAAUGAUCAUUUUCUCCCAGAAAGAAACUGGCUUUUAAGAUAAGGCUUAUUUUCACUGUAUUAUAUUUCUAUAUGUUAAUCUCACAAUGUAUUCUAAUGUGUUUUAAAAAUAUAAAAAAGUAGAGUUUUCAAUGUGCUUUUAUCUUAGAUUUUGGCCUCUUUUAUUACAGCUGUGUGACUCAACCUUCCCAGUGUCCUUUUGAACUCUUUUGUUGAACACUAAGCACGGAUUUUAGCACUAUUGUCUUUCUCAAGACCUCUUAACUAUUUACAGUAAUGCCUAGAGGUGAUGUUAUCCUGGGACCAAAAGCUCCAUCCUUACCUGGGAAGUGAAUUCUUUUACUAGUAGGGUUUGAGGCCAAUGGCACAAGAAGGGGUGUGUUCAGCGGGCACACAUAGAACUGAGUAGCCGUACUUUGACCUUUUGGUAGUUACUCGGUACAUCGUGUUGGCACAUCCCCAGGUUAACAAAAUGCCUUAAUUCUGGGCUCUUCCAAUCUCAUCACACCCUCCACCAGGUGAACUAAUGGCUGUUACUUGGCCUAGAUCAGCAGCUGCUGCUGCUUCAUAGCCUAAGCUGGAAUUCUACAUUUAACAAUCUUCAGCAAAAUAAAAUGUAAAAUUCUCAUUUCUUUGCAAAUUUUAGCUUUAAUAUAUGCCUCAUUUAACAAAGAAGUUUUCUUUUUCUUUUAGGUCUCUGUGUUUUCCACUUUUAGGAAUGUUAGUUCAAACUCUUGAGUGAUAUGCCACUCAAUAAUAAUGCUUAUUUUAUUCCCAGCUCCUAUUCUCACGGCAUCUACCCUGAAAGGAUGAGUUUUCUGUUCAAUUGUAAUGACUCCGACCCUUUGUAGGAAGAAUCAGAAAGUUAAGGAGUCUUCAUGUGAAUUUCUUCUAUUCACUAUAUGUUUAUCUUUUUGUUUCAUAUCAUGUACAACACCUUUAAUCUGUAUAUGUUAAAUAAAUUUUAAAUCUCUUAAGAGGAAAA